AUGAUUCAACUUAUAAACACUUUAACAAAUGUAAAUUUAAUAAAUGUAAGCCUUAAACAGCUAUACUUCCAACCAGAAUCACUCUUUACUAACCUACCGGGACACACACUUCUUGUCUUUACAGGCGAUACUCCACAGUUCUUCUUCACCAAGGGCCAACGGGAGUCCAUUAAGCUAAACUACGGCGGUCAUAGCUACGUAAAGUUCAUGGAGAACGGCCGCGGGACCAAGUGGAUCUGUGCUACCCGCUCCACCACCAAGUGCCGUGCCCGAAUCCGCACUACCAAAAACAACCGCCUGGAGGUGCUACAUGCCCCCCACAAUCACGAUCUGGCACCACAGAAAAAGGAGCGAGGACGCCUCCGCCAAAGGAUUAAAACCGGAAAGUAGUUAAGAGUGUAAGAGACUUCAGACCCAAAUUGGAAUUAGGGGUUAUUUGGUGUUUAAGACCUCGUAUUACUUGCUCAGUUUAGUUUCAUCUUAUGUUUGCAAUGCAACAUCUGCUCCUAUUGUUCUGCUUGUUUAUAUGAUAAGCUAAAAACUAACAUCGAAAUACUUUUAAAUUUCGCACUAACAUUUUAAACAGGACUUCUUUAAUGCUGAACAAAUUAAAUUCAUUUUGGCUUCUUAGUUUGUUUGAUUGUGUAGCUAUUGCCAUACCUUUAAUUUGUCUAACAUUUAAAGUUUAAUAUAUGUCUUCCUAUUUUAGUUUAUUCUGAUCCAAUGCAAUGAAGCGUUAAACACAAGAUUGGUUAAGUUAAAUUCUUUGAGCCUACAAAAUGAUAUGUGAAGAUCCUUUUUAAUAGACCUUGUAAGACUUUUUAAAGCGGUGUCAAUUAUAUUUUUAUAUAUCACGCUGUAAGAAAUCGAAUGAAAAUAGAAACAGGAUAUGAAAUCCCAUGACGCAAAACCAUAGUAUGUAUUGCAUUAAAUUGAGAUCAAUAAUAAUAAAAAUAUGAACAUGA